AUGUCGCUCAACGGCCAGAAUGACCGCUCUACCGACGCGUCUGAUACCAAUGCAAUGUGGUCCAACUUGCGCAAGGCCCAUGCAGAGCUGAAGAUCAGUCAAGAGAUGAAAGAGCUGAAGAAGAAACAAGACGCCAUCAAGAGAGAAGUAGAGAACUUGGAAAGUAGUAACACCACUAGGGAAAUGGAUGCUACGUCGGUACACAUCGUCUUUAAAGAAGCGCCAGCCCUCAUGGAGCCUUUCCUCACUCGAUUGCCUCGAGAGAUACGUGACCUUGUCUAUGAGUAUGUCUGCGUUCAUCCAGACACCAUACAGGUUGCUCUUCCUGGACAGCCUGGUUCUCGGACAGACCCAUCGGUUGUUGGAUCGGGUGGCCAACUAAUGGAUGUGUCAUACCUGUCAAAUUUGGAGGUCGUACCUACCGAACUGUCCGAGACAUAUUGGUCGAAGAACCGUUUCGUAAUCAGAGUCGAACUGGCAUGCGAACAUUGGGAAUCUGACACGCGCUACGGGCAAGACAAGAUGAGUGACUACUACAAACCAGCAUACGGCCUCGGUGACGACUCCACGUUCGCGCAGGCUGCUGUGUCUAAACAAGAGGCUCAGGUUUAUCCUCUCACCCGACUGAAAGGCCGAGAAGAGCUUCACGUCGAGAUCGAGAUACACACCACGUUCGCCAAGAACGGCCCUGAUGUUCAACAAUCCGAGCGUCACUUCGUUAACAUCAUGGAGAGCAUUCGGCAGACUGUGUGCGAUCUGAUAGACUCCGGCGUCCGUGUCACGGUCAUAUCGAGCAACCUCGACUAUAACGAAGUGCCUAAGGGGCCUGAAAGGUGGGACAUUACAUCUCGCUUUGUCCUAGACGCAGAAGAGUGGCGCAGUGUAUGUACAUCCUCGACAGUAAUAACGAUCAAGGCUGACUUGUAG